UCCCGAGCAGCAGCAGCCCGCGAAGGUCACCCGCCCGCCCGCCCGCCGCGCGCCGCCCGCCGCCCGCCCGCGCCCCGCCGCAGCCCCCCACGGCCACCCGGCACCAUGAACCAGAUCGAGCCCGGCGUGCAGUACAACUAUGUGUACGACGAGGACGAGUACAUGAUCCAGGAGGAGGAGUGGGACCGCGACCUGCUCCUCGACCCGGCCUGGGAGAAGCAGCAGCGGAAGACCUUCACGGCCUGGUGUAACUCCCACCUGCGGAAGGCCGGCACCCAGAUCGAGAACAUCGAGGAGGACUUCCGCAACGGCCUGAAGCUCAUGCUGCUGCUGGAGGUCAUCUCAGGCGAAAGGCUGUCCAAACCCGACCGGGGCAAGAUGCGCUUCCACAAGAUCGCCAACGUCAACAAGGCGCUGGACUACAUCGCCAGCAAGGGGGUGAAGCUGGUGUCCAUCGGGGCGGAAGAAAUUGUCGACGGCAAUGUGAAGAUGACCCUGGGCAUGAUCUGGACCAUCAUCCUUCGCUUCGCCAUUCAGGACAUAUCCGUGGAAGAAACAUCUGCCAAAGAAGGUCUGCUGCUGUGGUGUCAGCGGAAGACGGCGCCCUACAGGAACGUGAACAUCCAGAACUUCCACACCAGCUGGAAAGAUGGCCUGGGCCUCUGCGCCCUCAUCCACCGACACCGGCCAGACCUCAUCGACUACUCCAAGCUCAACAAGGAUGACCCCAUAGGGAACAUCAACCUGGCCAUGGAGAUCGCGGAGAAACACCUGGACAUUCCGAAAAUGCUGGACGCUGAAGACAUUGUGAACACUCCCAAACCUGAUGAAAGAGCCAUCAUGACUUACGUCUCCUGCUUCUACCAUGCUUUCGCGGGAGCGGAGCAGGCUGAGACAGCAGCUAACAGGAUAUGUAAGGUUCUUGCUGUGAAUCAAGAGAAUGAGAGGCUGAUGGAAGAAUACGAGAGGCUAGCGAGUGAGCUUCUGGAGUGGAUCCGGCGCACGAUCCCCUGGCUGGAGAACCGGACGCCGGAGAAGACGAUGCAGGCCAUGCAGAAGAAGCUGGAGGACUUCCGCGACUACCGGCGCAAGCACAAGCCGCCCAAGGUGCAGGAGAAGUGCCAGCUGGAGAUCAACUUCAACACGCUGCAGACCAAGCUGCGCAUCAGCAACCGGCCGGCCUUCAUGCCCUCCGAGGGCAAGAUGGUGUCGGACAUCGCAGGCGCCUGGCAGAGGCUGGAGCAGGCCGAGAAGGGCUACGAGGAGUGGCUGCUCAACGAGAUCCGCAGGCUGGAGCGCCUGGAGCACCUGGCCGAGAAGUUCAGGCAGAAGGCCUCCACCCACGAGACCUGGGCUUACGGCAAGGAGCAGAUCUUGCUGCAGAAGGAUUACGAGUCGGCGUCGCUGACCGAGGUGCGGGCCCUGCUGCGGAAGCACGAGGCCUUCGAGAGCGACCUGGCGGCUCACCAGGACCGCGUGGAGCAGAUCGCCGCCAUCGCCCAGGAGCUCAAUGAGCUGGAUUACCAUGACGCGGCGAACGUCAAUGACCGGUGUCAAAAGAUUUGCGACCAGUGGGACCGGCUGGGGACACUCACUCAGAAGAGGAGAGAGGCUUUGGAGAGAACGGAGAAAUUGCUAGAAACCAUUGACCAGCUGCACCUGGAGUUUGCGAAGCGAGCGGCUCCCUUCAACAACUGGAUGGAGGGCGCCAUGGAGGACCUGCAGGACAUGUUCAUCGUGCACAGCAUCGAGGAGAUCCAGAGCCUCAUCACGGCCCACGAGCAGUUCAAGGCCACGCUGCCCGAGGCGGACGGCGAGCGGCAGUCCAUCAUGGCCAUCCAGAACGAGGUGGAGAAGGUGAUCCAGAGCUACAGCAUCCGCAUCAGCGCCAGCAACCCAUACAGCACCGUCACCAUGGACGAGCUCCGCCACAAGUGGGAGAAGGUGAAGCAGCUGGUGCCCGUCCGCGACCAGUCCCUGCAGGAGGAGCUGGCGCGCCAGCACGCCAACGAGCGCCUGCGGCGGCAGUUCGCAGCCCAGGCCAACGCCAUCGGGCCCUGGAUCCAGAACAAGAUGGAGGAGAUCUCCCGGAGCUCCAUCCAGAUCACUGGGGCGCUGGAGGACCAGAUGAACCAGCUGAAGCAGUAUGAGCACAACAUCAUCAACUACAAGAACAACAUCGACAAGCUGGAGGGAGACCACCAGCUCAUCCAGGAGGCCCUGGUCUUCGACAACAAGCACACCAACUACACCAUGGAGCACAUCCGCGUGGGCUGGGAGCUGCUCCUCACCACCAUCGCGCGGACCAUCAACGAGGUGGAGACGCAGAUCCUGACCAGGGACGCCAAGGGCAUCACCCAGGAGCAGAUGAACGAGUUCAGAGCCUCCUUCAACCACUUCGACAGGAGGAAGAACGGCCUGAUGGACCACGAGGACUUCAGAGCCUGCCUCAUCUCCAUGGGCUACGAUCUGGGGGAAGCUGAAUUCGCCCGCAUCAUGACCCUGGUGGACCCCAACGGACAGGGGACCGUCACCUUCCAGUCCUUCAUCGACUUCAUGACCAGAGAGACCGCGGACACAGACACCGCCGAGCAGGUCAUCGCCUCCUUCCGAAUCCUGGCUUCUGAUAAGCCCUACAUCCUGGCGGAUGAGCUGCGUCGAGAGCUGCCCCCGGAUCAGGCCCAGUACUGCAUCAAGAGGAUGCCGGCGUACUCGGGCCCGGGCAGCGUGCCCGGGGCCCUGGAUUACACGGCCUUCUCCUCUGCGCUGUACGGGGAGAGCGAUCUGUAAUCCUUGAUCCCACGCGAACCAAUAAAAGCUGAAGUCGCAGUUGGUUUCUGGAAACCUUGACAGGCUUUGCUGAGUUCAGAGAGGAAAAAGAUUCUGUAGCAGCUUUUAAAAAACAAUUUGGCAGGGCAGUCACCUGACCUAAACACGACAUGGCGUGCCUGAUAAACACAUUCUUCAUUUCUGAUUCUUUUCGGCUAAAUGGAACGAAAUACUAAAUUGGUUUAUUUCUUUGGUUAAACAGAGCAAAUUGUUUGAAUACUAUGAAAUUAGGAAGAUUUAAGAACAGAAGAAAAGUGGAAAUUGUGAAAGAUUCCAAAUACUCAAGAUUCAUAGUAGUGGGUAGAGCCACGGGUUAAGGUUUGAUGCUUUUUGUUUUUUAAGAAAUAGUCUUCAUAGCUCAUAGGUUUGUGUGCUUUGGCCUAGGAGAAUAUGUUUGGGAUUUUAGUGCUUUAUUUUCUUGGUUAUCCAAAGAUGAGCUUGAUUCAUAUAUAAAUAUCACUGUGUCUUUUCAUGAAAUUAAACAUUAAGAGUUGUACCUGCCAGGAGAAGAAACAGACCGUAGACCUUCAGUGAGCACACAGUGUUUAAGGCAAGCUCUCUCUCUCUCGCCCAGACUUGCCUUCAACUCGUGAUCCUCCUGCCUCAGUUUCUUGAGUGCUGCGAUUACAGGUGUCUGUAUACUGCCGUGUCUGGCUUUUAGGAAUGAUGCGUUCAAGGCCAAUCUGGGCUGUGGAGUGCGAGCCUGUCUGGAAAGCAAGAUUCAUUUUACAUAGAGCUUACCGUCAGUUCUUCAUUACUCAGGAAUGGGCUUGUCAGGUCAGGAAAGGGACCUGAGGCAACACACAACCCGAGCCGGGCCAGUAGGUGGAGUUGAAAGGAAAGUGAGCUGUGUGGCCUGAUCUGCCAGUGGCGGAUAUUCAUGCUAUUUCUAGAGCUUGCUCUUAGAGGUUCUCGAGAGAUGGCCGGAUGUAAGCCCUCGCUUUUGAAAUGAGCACGUUUUUAUGUAGCGUUCAUAGCAGGAGACUCCUGCGGUCCUAGAGCUGGAAGCACGGCGCGCUUAGGCCAUGGGCUCUGGGAGCUGUCCAGGCAGAGCUAACGUUAACAAGGGGCGAAUUCAAUGCCAGUGCAGGUAAGUUCUUCAUCGUAGGGCCGCCCAGAGCUUUGGGGGUGGCUCUUUUGGGGUAGGAGGGAGUGGUAGAGGUUUGUGCAGGUAGCUAGGGGUGUAGUGCUGAGCUGGGCCACACUGGGCCCUAGGAGGACACACGGAGUCUGGAGCUGUUCCACUGUUUGUUCAGUUUUCCACCCGGGGCGCCGUCUUGACUGCUGUUCCACUCAUCGGCCGCAGGUAGUGAACAAAGCAGGAACUCUCUUUAUUCCUGGAUCCUUCGGGAUCCCUAGUGAUCAGGAAGAGAAACACAAACAGUUGCAAGCAGCAGUAAAGGUGUUGCUGGAGAAGCAGCCAUGCGCCCGUUACCUGCGUGCUCCCCCGGCUGGCUCUGCAUUUCCUCACAGCCGAAAUUGUAAUGCGUCCCUCGUCCUCUGAUGCUUAGAUGCCACGGGCCCGUUCAGAACCUGUGACCUCCGUGUACUUCAUUCAGUAGGUGGCUUUACCGCCAGGUGCUUCUGGGGUGGUUAUGUAGUGAGCUGUUGAUUUGUUUUAUUUCAAGCAGGUGCUAUACUCCAUCUAUACACCCUUGGGAGAAACUAGGAAGUCAGUCCUCUUUUGAGGAUAUUUAUUGGGGGGGACUUCUAUUUUAGGGUGGGUUUGGAUAACUCAUCUACCCCAAAUUUUAACAACAUCCAUCGAGAGAAUGGAGCCAUACUAUUCCGAUGAUAAAUGAAGAAUGGAAGGAACUCUGAAAAACAAUGAAUAUGUUCAUAUUCUGAUUCUAGGAGUUAUUUUUGUUUCUGAGGCUGAGUUACCAAUUAAACUAAAUUUGCAAAAGAAAAAGAACAUGUGUUUUUAAAAUUUCAAACAACCCAAAUGCUUUGAUUGACUCCACAUAAAAUUGUUCAAUUAAAAACUUACAUUGUGUUUUUAAAACUCA